CCCUGUAUGCAAAUUCAAAUGCAUCAAUAUAAAGUCACUUAUAUUGAAAUCCAUACGUUCUGACAGUUACUCAUGUUUUUUUUUCAGAGUCUGACUUCAGCUAUGAUGAUGAUAAAGAUGAAGAUUAUGUCUUGCCUUCAGACAUUGAUUCAGACGAAGAGUUUUGUCCAGCACCAGACAUGUCAAAGUAUCUGAAGAAACAUGUUGAAACCAAGAUUUUGUUUGAAAAUGUUAAUGAAUCAGCAGAUUGCCUUGGUUGCUGCUCUGUUCCAGACAUCCAGAAGAAAACUGCUGCGGCCAAGAAUAUGUACAAGAGAGUUACUGAAUCAGCAGAUUCACUUGAUAGUAAUUGUUAUGUUCAAGGCAUUGGAAAUGAUGCUACUGUUCCCCUGGAAAAUGUAAGCGAUUUAGAACUGAAAAGGUUAGAUGAGGACAAAAUUAUCAGAGAUGUGAAUUUAAGAAAAAUUUACAUGCGAAAGCACAUGAAAUUGUCCGGAAAGCAAAGUCAACAGAUGCGGAAAAAAACUACUGAAAGAAUAUAUAACAAUUACCACUGUUGUUUUUAUUGCUCUAGAUUUGUACAACACAUAAGCACACACAUGAAAACUCACAGAAACAUAGAUGCUGUGCGAAACAUAAUGAAAAUGACGAACCCAGAUUUCAGUACAAUAAGAAAGCUAGGAGAUGAUAAAAAUAAUCAAAAAGUAGUGGAGAUGAAAGAGGGUGAGUUUCUCAUUGCCCGUCGACCAACGAACAACUACUUGGAUGUUCAACAAUAUGGGCCUUGUCCCCAUUGUAGGGAAUGGCUCCAACUUAAUGGUUUAAAGAAGCACAUUCACCAGUGUUUGAAAGGAAGCUCUGAGGAUGAAAUAAAAGAGAGUGUAGGCAACUGUGUCUUGAAAUCCCAAGUCAUGGCUGGAUUUAUAUCUUCAAAAACCAGCAAGGUCAUGAGAGAAGAGGUCUUGCCAGCAAUGAAGAGAGAUACUGUUCGACAUGUUGUUAUAAAUGACAAACUCAUACUAAUGCUUGGAGAAAGUUGGUUGAGACGAAAUGUUGACAAUGUUGAAAAGAGAAAAUACUAUGCCAGUCAGCAUAUGCGACUUGUAGCAAAAAUGUUGCUUGAGUUGAGAAAAAUGAAGGAGUAUGAGGAAGGAAAUGUAACUGAACAAAAUAAUGAUGACACAGAAACUGCACUCUGGGAGUUUCUGAAACCAGGUUGUUUUGACAAGAUUGUUGAUGCUUCCCUUCAAGUUUCAUUGCCAGAUAUGGAUGACAUGAGUGAACUGAAAGCACCCAGUAAUGCUAUAAAAUUGAAGUACGAUCUGAAACGAUUGGUCAAUAUGAAGUAUGCCUUUCUGAUGAAAACAAACCAAGAAGGCAGAGAAGUCUCUGAUUGUAAAUCGUUCCUGGAGCUAAUGAAUUUAGAAUGGAGUGAAAGAGUAACAAAGAUUGCCAGGACUAUCCUGCAGAAGAGAAAGUACAUAGAAAGCAAAGACUUGCCUUCACCUGAUGACAUUGAAAAGUUGACUAAAUAUCUUGUGUCACAAUUAGAGUCUAUGGAACUGAUCCCAGACAAUUACAUGAAAAUUAAUGCUCUGUGUCAAACACGCUUGAUGAUGUAUAACAAAAGGCGUUCAGGAGAACUUGAAGUAAUUAGUCUUCAGAGUUAUGCAGCCAGAAGAAAAGACCUGUCUGACAUUGACGAAUCUGUGGCAGCUGAUCUAACAAAAGUGGAGACAUACUUGCUAAAGUCUCAAGAGUUGAUGACAGUUCGAGGAAAGGGUGGAAGACCUGUACCUGUUAUUGUACCCCAAGAUGUGAAGGGUCCAUUAGACUUCAUUGCAUCGAAGAUGACCAGAAAAGCAGCUGGAAUAAGUGAAAGCAACAAGUACUUGUUUCCAAAUACUGCUCUCAAGUACAUUAGAGCAUAUGACAGCUUGAAGAUUGCAUGCGAUUCGUGCCAGCUGAAAUCGCCCCAGCGAAAUAACAAGUGUGGCCAUGAGAAAAUAUACUGCUACCUUGUCACAGGUUUGUUUCAGCAGUUAAAUGAAUUGAUACCUAUAUGGAAAAAUGUAGAGCUCAUUAGAAGCCGCAAUUUUGAGAAAUAUGACAUUGCUAAAAUGAAGAAGAAAUUGUCUUGGCAGCAUCAUAAACCUUCAGUCUGUUGA